ACGGGCGGCUCUGCUGUGAAAUGUAACUGAACCUGUUGGGCAGAGGAAAAGAGAGAGAGGGCGGACGAGUCCCAUAGAGUCAGAGUGGAAACUCACUCAGUGAGAGAGAAGCUGUGAGAUCAACACACGCCGGCGUCCGGCACCACAUACAUGUUGGUCAGAAGACGCUGUGACAUCACUGUGACAUCAUGAGUGGACACACGGACAGAUGGUUGAGCCCUCACCCUCCUGUUGGGGUCGUCCAGGACCUGGAGCUGAGGGACGAGUGGCAGGACGAUGGAUUCCCCAGGCCUCUCCCAGAGGGUUGUGGGAGUCCUGAGGAGGCAGCGAGCUCGUCGGGAGCCCCGCCCACCACUCUCGUCCUAUCAGACACGGCUGUGGGCGGAGCUAAGAAGCGCCUGGUGGCCCCUUCUCUCAGCCUGACUCUGAGCCGCAGAGACUCACGCGACCCGAGUCACGACGGUUUCUCGGCCGCCGCUCUGUCAGCGACGACGGACGACACGCCAUCGCUCGACAUCAACCUGGAGGCGCUGGAGACGCCGUCAGACAGCGAGACAGGAACGCUGCCCGACUGUGGCGAGCUGGAGUGGGACGAUGACCUCCCCCGAUUGGGGAGGGGCGGGCCUGUGGGCGUGGUCAGAAGCCUGGUGGAGCAGUCAGAGGGUUUGAUGGAGCUGGACCAGGUGGACAGCAGGGGGCGCCGCUGGAGGCGGUUCUGUAUCUCGGGACAAGAAUACCACGUCAACAUGAGCGUCCUGGAGCCAUACCUGCAGGUCCUGUCCCACGGAGGUUACUAUGGGGACGGGAUGAACGCAAUCAUCCUGUUUACUUCCUGUUACCUGCCGGAGAACACGGUGCAGGACUAUGAGUACGUCAUGGAUAACCUGUUCAGAUACAUCGUGGGGACAUUGGACCUAAUGGUCUCAGAAAACUACCUGCUUGUCCUCCUGUGUGCACUGGCGCCCAGAAACAAACUGCCCACCAUCAAGUGGCUGAACCAGUGUUACAACUCCAUCCACAGGAGGCUGAAGAAGGACUUGAAAGGCCUGCUGGUCGUCCACCCGGCCUGGUACAUCAAGGCUCUGAUCACUGUGGUCAAACCAUUCAUCAGUGAUAAGUUCAGCAGGAAGAUUCGCUUUGUGCCAAGUCUUCAGCAGCUUUCAGAGCUCGUCCCCACAGACAGACUGCAGAUCCCAGACGCCGUCCGCCAGUUUGAUGAGCAGUUGAACAGAUGACAAAAAUGAACUGGAUGGAUCCAAAAGGUCAAAGGUCAUUGGGAGCCUCUCAGCCCGCUGACCUCUGACCUCCUGCCUGCACAGAAAACACACUGCAGUGGUUCUCUGAACCUCGUUGUGGAACGUCUGUGGAACAAAGUGCAGGUGUAAAUAAAGAACUCUACGGAGCAGAGAACCGGUGGAACAUAGGUUUGACCACCGGAACAUCUGUUCAUGUACAUUCUUCUGUGUUCUGUUUGAAAAGAUAAAAUCAAUAAAACUCCUGAAACGUU